AAAAAAACGCUAAAGUCGCCAGAGUAGACCACAAAUAAUACAAAGAGAAACUCAAUGACUUUCCAACUCAGGCAAAAAAUCCAUUAACACAUAAUCGAUUUUGUCGCUCCUCUCUCUCUCUCUCACCAAACACUGCUAAGUUAUCUUUCUCAGGGUUUUACUGUUAGAGAGUGUAUAUGCAGAGACCAACUACUACCGACGGAGCUAGUAUGGGGAAAAGGGCCCUUGAGGGUGGUGGAGAUGAUGAUCAGCCUGAACGAAAGAGGCCUGCUCUUGCUAGUGUAAUUGUUGAAGCUCUCAAGGUGGACAGUUUGCAGAAGCUUUGCUCAUCUUUAGAACCUAUUCUUCGUAGAGUUGUGAGUGAAGAAGUGGAGCGUGCUUUGGCGAAGUUAGGUCCUGCAAGAAUUAGUGGAAGGUCUUCCCCUAAAAGGAUUGAAGGUCCUGAUGGUAGAAACUUGCGGCUUCAAUUUAGGUCCCGACUGGCUCUUCCUCUGUUCACAGGAGGAAAAGUGGAAGGGGAGCAGGGGGCUCCAAUUCAUGUUGUUCUGGUUGAUGCCAAUAGUGGAAAUGUGGUAACAUCUGGACCUGAAUCAUGUAUAAAACUCGAUGUUGUUGUCCUUGAAGGCGAUUUUAACAAUGAAGAUGAUGAAGAUUGGAGCCAAGAGGAAUUUGAAAGCCAUGUGGUGAAAGAACGCCAAGGAAAGAGACCUUUGUUGAAUGGGGAACUGCAAGUGACACUCAAGGAGGGAGUUGGAACAUUAGGGGAACUGAUAUUUACUGACAAUUCAAGCUGGAUAAGGAGCCGUAAGUUCAGGCUUGGCAUGAAGGUUGCAUCUGGUUUUGGCGAGUCUAUACGCAUUCGUGAAGCCAAGACAGUGGCUUUUACUGUUAAAGAUCAUAGAGGAGAAUUGUAUAAGAAGCAUUAUCCUCCUGCAUUGGGUGAUGAUGUAUGGAGAUUGGAGAAAAUAGGUAAGGAUGGGUCAUUUCACAAAAAGUUGAAUAAUGCUGGAAUAUUCACAGUUGAAGACUUUCUUCGACUUGUGGUUAAGGAUCAACAGAAAUUGCGGAAUAUCCUUGGGAGUGGUAUGUCAAACAAGAUGUGGGAAGCUCUCUUAGACCAUGCAAAGACAUGCGUUCUAAGCGGGAAGCUUUAUGUUUAUUAUCCUGAAGAUACAAGAAAUGUUGGUGUUAUUUUUAACCACGUCUAUGAGCUGCGUGGCCUUAUAACAGGAGAGCAAUUCUUUUCUGCUGAUUCUCUUAGCGAUAAUCAGAAGGUGUAUGUCGAUUCAUUGGUGAAAAAGGCAUACGACAAUUGGGAGCAGGUUGUAGAGUACGAUGGCAAAUCACUUGUGGAUGCUGAGCAAAAUAACAACACUGUUGAAUCUGAAAAUGAACUUCAUGUGGAGUCAAUUGAUUAUGAUGGUGGUUUAGAUCAUCAACUGCUAAUGCCAUCCCUCCCCAUGUCUGUUGCUUCUGAACAGCAGAUUAAUUCAGCGAUGCCAGUUGGAGGUUUUAACAAUAGCAUGGUGACGAGGUAUCCAAGCCAGGCAUUGAUUGGAAAUUCCAGCUCUCGGAGUCAUUUUGAUGACUCGUUAUAUCUGUCUAACGACCACUUAUUAGGCAAUGCUCACCAAUCCCAAAGCUCUAGAAAUGAUCAUAGCACAGUAGGGUUGGCUCUUGGUCCUCCUCAAUCAUCAACUUCAGGUUUCCAUGCUGGUAGCUCUUCCAUGCAACCACCUGCCCCAAAUCCUUUUGAUGAUUGGUCAAACAACAGGGACAAGGGUGUUGAUGACUUCUUUUCCGAGGAUGAAAUUCGCGUUAGAAGUAAUGAGAUACUAGAGAAUGAAGACAUGCAGCACUUGCUUCGCCUUUUCAGCAUGGGAGGUCAUCCUUCCAUGAAUACUGAGGAUGGUUAUUCAUUCCCAUCAUUCAUGCCAUCUCCUAUGCCGAACUUCGAUGAGGAUCGCUCUCGUCCUGGCAAAGCUGUUGUGGGAUGGCUGAAGAUCAAGGCAGCAAUGAGGUGGGGCUUCUUUAUCAGAAAGAUAGCAGCUGAGAAGCGGGCACAGAUAGAGGAGUUAGAUGAAUAGGUUGUUUGUGGACAAAUGAUAGUAGGCUUACUAGAUAGCCUUAAGAUUUUUCUGAUGUUCUGCGAAUUUAGUUGUCUUCUUCAGUGCCAACCAAAUUGUGCAGUUCAUGGUAUCGACAUUCUUGGUUUAUGCCUGUGUAUCUGAUUUUACAGCAUAUUUGUUGAAUCUUCUGUACAGUUUUGUUCAAGCUUAGGAAAAACCGCGAUUGUAAUCUGUUUUUGACUUUCCUGUUAAUACUCUCCUCUAUCACCUUUCCAUUUGUUCUGGGUUUAGGGGGUGAUAAUAUUUGCAUUUAAGACAUAACUCAUCUUUGUUAUCUCAAUUGACUAAAUGUGUAUAUUAAUUCGAGUUACUUAAUUUUCUA